AUGAUUAUCGGUCAGACCGAAGAAUGUAAGGAUUCCAUCCGGGCCCUGAAAAAGCGAGGGCGCCAAAUCUGUAGUGAUCAGGCGACCUCCGAGGAAGAACCACUCAGCCCCGACCCCAUCACUUUCACGACUGAAGAUGCUAAAGGGAUUCAUCACCCCCAUAAUGAUCCACUAGUCGUAGAAGUUGCAAUGGGCGAAUUCGACGUGGAGCGGGUUCUAGUGGAUACCGGCAGCAUGAUCAAACCUGAGCCCAAAACGCUGACCAGAUAUGUUGGGAUAGCUAAGAUGUCAAUGUGCGAUGUGAAGCUACAAGUUUGGGCCGGCGGAGUCACCCGCAAGACCAAAUUCGUGGUCGUAGAUGUACCGUCCAUCUACAACGCCAUCUUGGGUUCGCCCUGGAUCUAUUCGAUGCAGACAAUCCCUUCAACCUACCACCUCUGCGUUAAAUUUCCGAAUGCAACCGGAAUAUACACGCUCUAUGGCGAUCAAAAGAUGGCCAAGACCUGCUCUGUUCUCGAGAAAAAGCAAAGACAGAAGGAGGAAGCAUAA